CAUGCCGUUCCCGAUUCUCCCUCUUACAGCUCUCACCCCUCCAGUGCCGACGGUAGAGAAAGACCUUACUCCAUGGGCUUCCUCCUCACUGGGGAAUUGCCGGAAAGACCAAACAAAAAAGGCGCUGGUGUAGGCUCCAAAAUAAACAUCUGAAUUCAUGAUGGCAUCGACAGAGGCUCUUAUUGGAUUAAAAGUUUCAAAACAAACAAAAACGCUUUGGAAAAAGGGUUGAAUGCCUGCCUACACCCUCAGGCACGACCAUGGAGAAAAGUGGGAACAUACAACUGGAGAUCCCUGACUUCAGCAACUCUGUCCUGAGCCAUCUAAACCAGCUGCGCAUGCAGGGCCGUCUCUGUGACAUCGUGGUCCAUGUGCAAGGACAAGCUUUUCGGGCUCACAAAGUGGUACUAGCUGCCAGCUCCCCCUAUUUCCGAGAUCACAUGUCCUUGAAUGAGAUGAGUACUGUCUCCAUUUCAGUCAUAAAGAACCCUACUGUUUUUGAACAGCUCCUUUCUUUCUGUUAUACGGGGCGGAUAUGCCUGCAGCUGGCAGAUAUCAUCAGCUACCUGACAGCUGCCAGUUUUCUGCAGAUGCAGCAUAUUAUAGACAAAUGCACACAGAUCCUGGAGGGCAUUCAUUUCAAAAUCAACGUGGCUGAGGUUGAAGCUGAAUUAAGUCAGCCAAGGACAAAGCACCCAGAGGGACCUCCAGAGUCUCACAGAGUUACACCAAAUCUGAACCGCUCCCUCAGUCCCCGACAUAAUACCCCAAAGGGCAACCGGCGAGGUCAGGUUAGCGCUGUACUGGAUAUCAGGGAGCUCAGUCCUCCUGAGGAGUCCACCAGCCCUCAGAUAAUUGAACAGAGUUCUGAUGUAGAGAGCCGGGAGCCCAUUCUUCGGAUCAACCGAGCAGGACAGUGGUACGUGGAGACAGGAGCAGCAGACCGAGGGGCACGGAGCGACGAUGAAGUUGGAGUUCUCGGAGCAGUACACAUCAAGACUGAGCAUCUAGGGGAGUGGCUUGGGCCUGAGAAUCAGCCUUCCGGAGAAGAUGGGAGUAGUGCAGAGGAAGUCACAGCCAUGGUGAUUGACACCACGGGCCAUGGUUCUGUAGGACAGGAAAAUUACACAUUAGGAUCUUCAGGAGCCAAGGUUGCUAGGCCAACAAGCAGUGAAAUUGACAGAUUUAGCCCCUCCGGCAGUGUUGUUCCUUUGACGGAGAGACACAGAGCCCGAAGUGAGUCUCCUGGGAGAAUGGAUGAGCCUAAGCAACCCAGCUCCCAGAUAGAAGAGUCAGCAAUGAUGGGAGUAAGUGGCUACGUGGAGUAUCUCCGAGAGCAGGAAGUAUCUGAGCGGUGGUUCCGGUACAACCCCCGUCUCACCUGCAUCUACUGCGCCAAAUCUUUCAACCAGAAGGGGAGCUUGGACCGCCACAUGCGCCUGCACAUGGGGAUCACACCAUUCGUCUGCCGCAUGUGUGGCAAGAAAUAUACCCGGAAAGAUCAGCUGGAAUAUCACAUCCGCAAGCACACAGGCAACAAGCCCUUUCACUGUCAUGUUUGUGGCAAAAGUUUCCCGUUCCAGGCUAUCUUGAAUCAGCACUUUCGCAAAAACCACCCUGGCUGUAUACCCCUGGAGGGGCCUCAUAGCAUCUCCCCUGAAACAACUGUCACAUCUCGGGGACAAGCCGAAGAAGAGUCACCUUCACAAGAAGAGACAGUUGCUUCUGGAGAAACCACCCAGGGCUCUGUGUCCACUACUGGGCCGGAUUGAAACAGCGAGGGGGAGGGGGUAGACCCUCUUCCCCUUUGGGCCGUAAGUAACCAGCAUCAGGGCCGUAGGCUGGUACUUAAAUUCACAAAAUGCCACGUCACCAAAUCAGAUGUUAGCAAGAUGUUGCCAAAUUAGAGCAUCAGCAACAUACACAAAAGCACUAGAGGCUCUUCCCCUCUUUCUUCCCACCUCACACUUUGGAAAAUAAGCAAAUCAGCUUUCUAAUUCAGGGAUCAACAGCCUUGGUUUGUUAACUUUAUAAAAAAGAAAUUUUUUUAACAAAACAAUGAUAAAUGAUCAUUUAUCUACCAGUCAUGUUUGAGCACUGUACUUUGGUCCAUAUCACCCUGGUGGCUGUAAUUGCCCAGAUCUAAAAAAAAGAAGCAGGAGCCUUGGUCAUCUGAACCAGCCAGCCACAAGAGAGAAGGAAGUGAUCGUGAUGGAGAUGAUGAGGGGGAAUUUCUCCUCUUCCUUCCCUGCCAGCACACUCAGUUUCAUAUCUCAAGAAGAAGAAGAAAAAAAAAAAAAGAAUCCUGGUGGUUCUUUCUGUUUUGAAAGGUUAGAUUAAUCUUUGCCCUGCAAAGGUGUCUGUUACUUUGCCUAAUUGUUUCACUUAGGCAGCCGUCUUGGAGCAGUAUUCUAAUGGGCAGCAUCACCUGAAGCACUUUAGGCACCUGGAAGCGAAAUGAGCUACAAGGCGUUUGCAAUAGGUACUCCUGCAUUCGGGGGGCUUGGGUGUUGUGUUGAG